AUGUCUUGGCUGAUCCAUUUUUGGAGGAACAAGACGAACGGGAGAUUUGAAGUGUCUCUGCCCCGAAUAAAAUCAAACAACCCCAUGCUGUGUCUCGUUUGGGAAGAGAUUGCAAUUCUUCAUGACCCGGCUGAAUCCUACCAAGCUCGAUCUAGUGCUGCAGCUUCACUCGGUGAUAUGGCCAGGGACGACGUGUACAGGAAGUUGAUCGUCCUGGAAUGUGGAGUCGAGGCGUUGUUGAAAUUGAUGGAGGAGGGUCCAAUGGAAGCCAAACAGAGCGCUGCCAAUGCCCUGGGGUUUGUGGGAUGGUCCUCGGAAUGUGCCGGGAUAAGUGUCGAUGUAUGUAAAGUGUUUGCGAAAAUCCUCAGUGAAGGUUUCAUGAAAGUUCAGGCUGAUGUGGCCUUCGCGGUGUCACUGAUCGCAGAAAGAAACCCCAAAUGUAAAGAUGCUUUUGCAGAGCACGAUGUUGUCCGCUUGCUUGUCGGCCAUCUUGCAUUCGAAACUGUUGGAGUGCAGAGCAGCAAAACCCAUAGCAAUGACAAUGACAAUGCCAAUGCCAAUGAAGACCCGGACACCGUAGCGCAAAUGAAAGCGAUGGCAGCCAGAGCCCUUUUCAGACUAGCCGAGGAUAACUCAGCCAUUUGCCGUAUCCUCGCAGAAUCAACAGCACUAUAUAGUUUUGCAGUACUUCUGGAAAAAGGUUGUGAAAAUGCUCAAUUAUAUUCUGUCGAUGCAUUAAUGGCGAUCAAGGAAGUGGCAGAGAAAGAUGCUGAUUUGAGAAUAAGAUGUGACUUCAGUCCUAAUUCCCCCACUUGGAAAUAUGUUGUUGAUCAAUUAUUACUGAAGAUCACCGAGAAGACAGAAGACUCACGCUUCCAGAUCUCAUGCAUCCAUGCUAUUGGGAAUUUGGCAAGGACAUUUGGGUCAAUAGAGACAAGAAUGAUUGGCCCAUUGGUGCAGCUUCUCAAUGGAAGAGAAUUUUAUGUUACCAAGGAGGCUUGCAUUGCCCUCGCAAAAUUAGCUCGGACAGAUAACUAUUUUCACAUUGAACAUUCCAAGGCAAUAAUAAGCGCUGGAGGUGUUAAACACUUAAUCCAGAUUUUGUAUGAUAAGAAAGCUGAAUAUGCGUUGGUUCUCAUCUGCUAUAUUGCACUGCACGUACCAGACGACGAAGAGCUUGCCCAAGCUGAGGUGCUUGCAGCGCUAACGUGGGCAUCCAAGCUAUCUUUUAUGACCGUACAUAAAGAGCUGGACAGAUUGCUGUGCAACAUUCCAUCACAUGUACCAGACUGGGAAGAACUUUACCAGGCUGGGUUGGUCCCGAUGCUUGCAUGGGAAAUCAAUGGAUGUUAUUUGUCCGAAGAAGACACACUGCGCACAUUGUUACAAGAGGCUAAGAGUAGGUUGAAUCUUCAUCAGAACAAGGGCUCACGGGGGGUCAAUUGA